AUGAAUUCGAAAUUUAGUCCAUAUGUGAGGAAUGAAAGCCAAACCAAACUCAAAGCGCAGGCAAUCGGCGCCCGAUUUAGUCCACAAAAAGGACUCAAUUUGUUGGGAAGAUUGUCGCCCACAGUAUCGCCCGCGCCGUCCAGUCCUGGAGAGGAAUGUCAGACCAUCACUGAGUGGACCGGACAUUUAAUGGAUAUUCAGUCAAAAUUUAGUCCAUAUGUGAGGAAUGAGAGCCAAACCAAACUCAAAGCGCAGGCAAUUGGCGCCCGAUUUAGUCCACAAAAAGGACUCAAUUUGUUGGGAAGAUUGUCGCCCACAGUAUCGCCCGCGCCGUCCAGUCCUGCAGAAGAAUGUCAGACCAUCACUGAGUGGACCGGACGUCAAGAACCCGGUGUCGACGAAGUGUCUCAAACCGAUCCAACGAUUGUUAACGAUUGUGAGACACAAACAGUUGCUGAGACACAACCGGAGGUGAGGCGGAGGAAUGGGCUCAAGAAGUGCUGUUCUCUGAUGUAAAGUAG